CAAAACAACGAUGAAAAGUCUUGCUUGUGCUAGUUUUCGGUCUUAGAAACGUCGGAUUAGGAAAGCGACAAUUUCGUAAGAUACGAUCCAUAUCAAAUACAGAUAAGCGUGAACCACCGUUUCCUCUAGGUGACUAAUGAGGUGGAUGUAUUUCAUGCAAAAAGGGGGCCGGUCUCAGCAGCGGAAAAUAUGACGUUGGUUUUCGAUUACAAAGUCAGUCCAACCGAUAACGUCGAAUUGAUGUUCGUCAAGGUUCGCACAUCUGCUCUAGAGGUGAUUCAGAACGGAAACUCCAAAGUGUUGUGCAAGGUGUUUUAAUCGCGGAUGAUAUUUUUUAUAGCAACGUUGCAAUUUUGUUAUGCCUUAUCAUUUGAAUCUAAAAAAGACCUUUCAAGUGAAUGUUUCCAGUAAUGCUACAGUGAAGCUGUUUACGCGAAUGCCACAAUCUACAAUUAAUUAUUGGUAAUAAAUAUAUUAUAUCGAUUUUCUGACUUUACUGAAUGACAUACACACCACCAAAAUAGAUAAACUCGUGAAAAUAUAUCGAAAAUCGUUCAUAUCUUAUCGCAAAUUGUUCAAAAUGGGAGAUAAGAACAUGCAUUAUAACAACAGAAAACGGCAAAUAAAAUUGAAAUAAACGUAAACGACAGCAAUCAUUCGUCAUUCACCACCAUGACCAUUCAGCUGGGUUUAGUAGUGCUCGCAACCUGCGUAGCGAUCGUUUUCGGUAACGCUUGCAAUAUAGGAUUUGGAAAGUUGGCAAACUCUGAUCACCAACUGUACACCCUCCACGCUCGGAGCAAUCCCAUUCUGGAGCCUAAGAACAUGUCAUUAGUUUUUGAUUACCGAGUCAGUCCGGUGGAGAACAUUAAACUUACAUACGUCAACGUCACCGCAUCGCUACCGCAAGGUUGUGUGUAUAGUCAUUCAGUAUUUCAAGACCCGACGAAGGGUUUCAAUAUAAGAGUAAGCAGUCUACAGCCGGUUCUGGAACUUUAUGGAACUGCCACCAUCUACGGAGUUAACUAUGGGAAUUGAGGAAAAUAAAUUGAUUUUGAGAUGUACACACUGCACGCUAGCAAAGGACCAGAAAUUGAAGCGCAAAACAUGUCAUUGGCGUUCAACUAUCAAGUGAAUCCGAUUGAUACCGUUGAAGUUACGGCGGCGCCGACUGGGAUUGAACCCAGGCCUGCUGGGCUGAGAGAUAAUCACGCUUACCACUACACCACCGGCGCCGCUAUAUUUUUUGGUAUCGAGAUAUUCGUUCCUGCUCGGGAUAGACCAUUCAUCGGUGGCGGUGGCGUGCAAACCAUUUUUGCCUCGGCGGCGGCGGCGUAG